CCUGUAACGGGUAGUAACUUUAUCCUACUGCCUAUAAAUUUCCCCCCGACGCCACCUCCCCUCUCCCUUAGCCAUUCGAAUCUCCUCGCCUAAUCUAGGUAUCCCGUUUCCAUUUCUUGCCUACCUACCUACCUGGGUUAGGUAACUAUUGAUCUCUGCGUUCCCGUUCGUUCCGUGGCUGACUGGUAACUUUCAAUAUUCCAACUUUACCUCGUAAUCACCAAUAUCCGAUCUCGCCUGUCCACCCCUCUCCUGUUGUUACCUGCUGUGUGAGCUGAGUUGUGAUCACUUCUAGUUGUUGAAGAGGACCCUGUUCCAGACUCGAACACCAUUAUCAUCAACUACACACCUCUUUUUUAAAGGGGUUUAUAAUCAAGUCUUCUUUGAUUUAAGCUUGGAAAUCUAACCUUUCCUCCUGUAUUUACGACGUACACAUACAGUUACGCCCCGGACAUUUUGACGUUCAUCUCUUUUAAAUUCACAUAUAUCUCCCACCUUGACCCCAACCUCCCGCUUUAAGUACUAUAUCUUGCAACUAGGUGACAUGGAUGGAAAUAACUAUAUCGUGGUCGCGGACCUUGGCCUCAAGCCAAUACAUCUGGCUUGCCUAGAGGGCGACUUUGAAGUGGUUCUCAAGCUGGUUUCUCAUUCCGAAGAUGUCCUCGAAACGCUCACGGAGCCAGAAAUCGGCACAGAAUGGGGGCUUCGUGAAACACCUAUCAAGCUUGCUGCUCUUAUGGGACACCUCGAUAUAGUCGAGUUCCUUAUCGAGAAGCGCGUCAACUUGGUGUCCGACGGUCUGUAUGCCUCCUCAUAUACUAAAGAGGAAGGCUUCGCAAUGCGUAGAAGAGAGUUUUUCCUGAAGACGGCUAAAAUAGGUCGGGAGCAUCUUGAUGCUCAGAAUACGCGCAAGACUAUCUGUGAACUUCUGAGUUCUCACGGCCGUCGAAGUGUCCUUAGCGCGAUGAAAGGCCCAAGGGCUGAUUUAGGCUUUCCUGAAUACAGAGUAGCCAAGCAAGGAAACCAGAUUGUCGUAUAUGCUCCGGUCCAUCGAAUCAAGACCGACAUUUCUCUAGAUAGAAGCAAGACCAUCGGUGUUAUUACGGCCAAGGGCAACAGUGAAGUGCUGAUGGCUGCUCAUAGUGGUUUUAAGCCCGGAGGCGACCGUGACGAGAAAUGCCUCGACACAAAAAGGUGGAAUUACAUUGCACUCCAUCACAUUGCUGCUCUGCUUAAAUUCCAAUUUCCUGGAAAUAAGCAUGGCAAUGGGAAUAAACCCGCCCAGGAUGAACAUCGAGGCCGUGCGCAUGCCGGACAUGUUGAAGUUCUACUUGCGGCAUGGUAUGCGCUUGAGAUGACUCGACAGUCAAGCGGGAAUAAAGAUGCAGAUCAGGAUUGGCUUCUCGCCAACAUGCAUAUGCUAAAGUAUGCGACGCUCGGGAAUGCGCGUUCGGCUGUGAUCAUGAUUGAUUCACAGCCGUGUGGUACAUGUUUGAAAUUCAUCAAUAGAAUGUUCCAAUAUACCGGCAUACACUUUUCCGUUAGAGGCGGAAUUGGUAUUGGCCCAACUCUCGCAACAAAAGACGAGAGAACCGGUGCAAGAUACGAUACCUUUGGCGACACAUUUCCAGAGUCUGAUAGUGAAGAGCCUUCUGCCGUGGAGCACAUGGUGCAGGGUUUAAGUCCUGUUGCCAUACCACAGGCGACACGUCAACCACCCGUAUGGAUGCCCAUAGGAGGACAAAAAGCACCACCUGUCUUCAACAGCGACGGUGGUAUUAUUAUACCUGCUACAAAUCCCUCCAUGGCUAUGGAGCGAGCUAAACCUACCACACCCCAUCGACCGAGAAUGCAAUGGCCCAUACCUAUUCCUGAACACAGAUCACGCUUCUUCGAGGAUCCGUUUUCUGAUAUACCGUCUCGUCGACCACCGAAUCAUUUCGAAAUACUAGCUGAAUAUAAAAAGAAGACACCAGUGUACGAAUUCCCUGGAUAUGAAACCAUCCAAGCAGAUCGUCAGCCGCACCAGCAGGAACAGCUUCCAAAGCCCCUAAUACUCUCGCUACAAACUCGAAGGCCCUCUGCAGCAGUAGAGGAAGAUACUGUACUCAUUGAUGUAGAAGAUGAUAGUGACACUAUCACGUACUCAUCUACAAGCAGCGACAACGGAACGUGCCUUCGACGUUGUCUACCCAAUCUUGACACGGGGAAAAAGGAUGAAAAUAAGAGCAAUCCGCGACCCAACGAAACAGGGUUUUCAUACUCUAGCUUUGAGCCGCUUGCCGCUUGUGAGAACAAAGGCAUUGAUGAAGGGGAGAACCAAAGAGGUCAGAGACGCUUUGAUAUCAGCUCAGAAAGCAGCGAUGACGAUGAUUACUUUUACAUUCCAAGACAAAUGUCUCAGCGACCUCGUCCCGGCAACAAUGACAGCCCCAUCAAGGAGCAGUCAGAAGAGAGAGAGGUAGCCCCGCAUCCGGUCUCAGGAUUAGCCAAGCUUCAGCAGUGGCGUUACCAGCCCCAACCGCGAGCCCGCCGCCAAAUCCUCCAACCGUGGCGCCAUGAGGGUCAGACAGUUCAGCCAUAUAUAUAUCCCAGUGGCAUUGGCGCGAACCCAGUUAACACUGGGCCGAAGACCGCCGAGGAGAUUUCCAAGGAAGAGCGUGAGCGGACAUAUGGACCUGCGGUUUAGGAACCCGAUCUGUUAAUUCUGUGAGCACUUGCUUCAUGGACUUUGAGCA